UCUUUAGAAAAAAAAAGCAUAUAGGCAUUUAAGAACAACGACUUUGGUUACAAGACAACAAAAAGGUCAGUGCACAGUACAUUCCAUUAAUUGUAAAGACAAAGUAUAUAUAUAGAAGAUGAUGAUCUCACGAGAAUGCGCGUUUUUGAGUUUCUGAAGCAAUUGAAAACAAAACAGUAGCUGUCAGAAGCUAGGAUAAACAUGAAUAUAAAUAUAGGCCAAGACUCAAAGCAAGCAGGUCUGUGCAAGCAGUGAUCAUAUACUAUGGACAGGCAACCGCAUGUACUAGUUAUACCAUUCCCUGCAAAAGGCCAUGUAGCUCCUCUAAUGAAAUUGUCCCUCCAAUUUGCUGCUCAAGGAGUUAAGGUAACAUUUGUUAACACAGAGGUCAGACGAGAAAAAAUUAUGGCUUCAUUGCCCGAGAAAGUUGAGGAGAGGAGCCUGAUAAGCCUUGUUUCAAUUCCUGUUGUUGUGGAUGAAGAUGGACCAAAUGAUGGUGGUAAGGUGACGGAAACGAUACACAGAGUUAUGCGAGGAUUCUUGGAGGACUUGAUUGUGAAGAUCAACCAGUCAAAUGUCAAUGAGAAGAUCACUUGUGUUAUAGCUGAUACGUCAGUUGGGUGGGCAGUAGAAGUGACCAAGAAGGUGGGACUUGAGGCAGUUGCAGUUUGGCCUGCUGGAGCAGCAUGCUUGGCCCUUGCAGUACACAUUCCACAACUACUUGACGCUGGAAUUAUAAACACUGAUGGAAUCGUGAUGAACGAUGAGCCAAUCUUACUGUCAGAGGAUAUCCCCGCCUGGAGCAGCUCUGAUAUUGGAUGGAAAAGCAGUGAUCCAGUUAAGCAAAAAGCUAUAUUUGAAUUUUAUACCAUUGUUCCUGACUACGCCAAAUUUUAUGACUGGGUACUUUGCAACUCAGUUUAUGAACUAGACUCAUCGGUCUUGAAAUUGAUUCCCAAUGUCUUGCCUAUUGGUCCAUUACUUGCUAGUAGCCAUUUGGGAGUUUUUGCUGGAAACACUUGGCCUGAAGACUCAACAUGCUUAGACUGGCUAGACAAACAAACUGCUGGUUCUGUCAUCUAUGUUGCAUUUGGUAGCUCAACAAUAAUAUGUGCGCAACAAGUAGAUGAACUAGCUCUUGGACUUGAACUUGCAGGCAAUCCAUUUUUAUGGGUUUUUCGAUCUAACUUUUGGGAUGGAUCAACCGUUAGAUUCCCAGAUGGAUUCAAAAACAGAGUAGCCGAACGAGCAAAAUUUGUGGAAUGGGCGCCUCAGGAAAAGGUGUUAGCUCACCCUUCUGUUUCUUGUUUCAUAAGCCACUGUGGCUGGAAUUCCACCAUGGAAGGUCUAAGCAUGGGGCUACCAUUUCUAUGUUGGCCUUACAUAGCAGAUCAGUUCAGUAAUAAGAACUACAUUUGUGAUGUUCUGAAGAUUGGUUUAGAUUUGACCAAAGAUGAAAAUGGAAUCACAACUAGGCAUGAAAUAUGCACAAAGAUAAACACUUUGCUCUCUUCUGAUGUUAUAAAGGCGAAUGCGCUACAUAUAAAGGAAAUUGCUAGAAAGAGUUCUGAUGAAGGUGGGUCUUCUUUCAAGAACUUUAAGAACUUCAUUCAACAUAUUAAGAACCUUUAGGCCUGGAUAAUCAUUUGAGGAGCACAAGGAGGGAAAUCAGAUUCUAUUCAAGUCGUAAACCUCAGGGAAAAAAAUGGUCUAGUGAUUGAUUAAUCUUCUUUAAGGCAUUUGUCAACUGUAAUAAUUUAGAAUUCCUGGAUAUUAACUCU